UCUGCAGAGACAUGUCCAGAGUUGCUCAAUGUCAACAGGAAAACAACAUUUUCUAUCCAUUUUGCAGGAUUAGUAUUUGUUGCCAAACAUUGUCAUUAUUCAAGGCAGAAGAAUGGCAACGUCUGUUUUAGAGCUGCUUUAUUACAUUCUAGAUGAUCUAGAACAGGACAACCUGAGGAGAUUUCGAGGUCUCUUAAAACAGGAUGGGCGAAUUCGAGCUGGUAAAUUGGAGAACGCUGGAUCCACUGAAGUCGGGAAUCUGAUGUUGGACGUUUUUGGUGAAAAACAAGCUGUGAAAAUCACUCUGAACAUCCUGAGAAAGAUGAAGCAGAACGAGCUGGCAGAGGAGUUGCAGAGCAAGUAUGAAGAAGUGCAAAAAUUACUUGAAGCAACUGGGAGAAUUACAAAAAAGCAAGAACAUUCUGAGCUGCGAUUGAUUUUGGAAAAUCACAAAAGGAGCAUGAAGGAGAAAGUAGAACACAUUUUUGAGUGUAAAAAUGAACAGGAGGUACAUCUCAAGGAUGUUUACACAGAACUCUUCAUGACAGAGGGUGAUAUUAAAAAAGUCAAUCGGGAACACGAGAUUCUGCAGAUUGAUGAUACCUGUAAAUCACAGAACAAGACCAAGCCAAUCCAUUGCAACAAUAUAUUUAAUCUUAAAAAAAAUAAAAAGACGAAGAAGAAAAUAGUUUUGACCAAAGGCAUCGCUGGCAUUGGGAAAACGGUCUCAGUGCACAAGUUCAUUCUGGAUUGGGCAGAAGGAAAAGCCAAUGAUGAAAUAGACUUUGUAUUCCUGCUUCCUUUCCGAAAGAUGAACUGCAUUAAAGACACAGAGAUCAGCCUGCAUGAGUUUCUGCAGAGAUUCAACCCUGAGCUGAAGGACCUGGAAACCACACAGAUUGUUCAUAUUUACAGUUGUACGCUUGUGUUUAUCUUUGAUGGCCUGGAUGAGAGUCGACUGCCUUUGGAGUUUAACAGUGGAAUGGUGACGAGCGUUGAGGAGCAAUCAUCUGUAGAUCAGCUGUUUACAAGUCUGGUCAAUGGCAGUCUGCUUCCAUCAGCUCUGAUCUGGGUGACCUCACGGCCAGCAGCAGCCAAUCAGAUCCCUCCUGAGUAUGUGGGGCUGUUCACAGAGGUGCGAGGAUUCACUGACCAGCAGAAGGAGGAAUACUUCAGAAAGAGGAUCACAGAUGAGGCUCAGGCCUCUAGAAUGAUCUCACACAUUAGGAAAUCUCGUAGUCUCUACAUCAUGUGCUACAUCCCUGUGUUCUGCUGGAUCACAGCUACUGUCCUCACAGACUUACUUACAGGGAAAGAUGAAGAGACCAUCAACACAACACUCACUGAAAUGUACAUCCACUUUCUGCUGAUACAGAUGAACUUGAAAAACAAGAAGCAUGAUCAGAAAAUGGAGAGGGAACGCACCAAGCUUUUUGUUUCCAACAGAACAAUGAUUCUGAAGUUAGCAAAGCUAGCAUUUGAACAACUGAAGAAAGAAAAUGCAGUGUUUUAUGAGGAAGAUCUGAAAGCAUGUGGUAUUGAUGUGAGUGAGAACUUCGAGUCCACAGGAAUGCUCACUGAGAUCUUUCAGCAAGAAGCUGGGCUUCAUGAGAUGAAGGUCUUCUGUUUCAUGCAUCUGAGUGUUCAAGAGUUUCUCGCUGCAGUGCAUGUGUUCCUCUGCUACCUGGACAAGAACAUGGAGGAGCUUCAGUUCUUCUUUGAAGAGAAACAAAACAAGGCAUCAAAAUUCUCACGGUUUAGAAGACAAACCAGUAAAAAUAUUGCAUUGGAUCAUUUACUAAUAGAAGUUAUUAAGAAAGCAGUGCAGAGUGAGAAAGGACAUUUAGAUCUCUUUUUGAGGUUUCUGCUGGGCAUUUCACUGAAAUCCAAUCAGAAUCUUCUCAAAGGCCUGUUCACACAAACUGAAGACAGCAAAGACAGCAUCACAUCAACAAGCAAGCACAUUACAAGACUGCUUCGAAGCCAGGACUUCCCACCAGAUACUUCAGUCAACUUGUUUUACUGCUUACUGGAGGUUAAUGACAUUUCUUUUUGUAGGGAAAUGGAACAAUACUUCCAGCCAAAUCCAGAAACAAUCCUCUCCUCGUCCAUGUGUUCCCUGCUGGCCUGUGCACUGCUGAUGUCAGAGCAGGUGCUGGAAGAGCUUAACUUGAAGAUGUACACAAGUUCACUUGGAGGAUGCAUGAGUCUCCUGCCAGCUGUGAGAUGCUGCAGGAAAGCCAUACUCAGCAGCAGUUCUUUCAAUGAUACCAGCUGUGAAACUGUGGCUUUGGCCCUGAAGACACCAAACUCACCCCUGAUAGAGCUGGACAUGAGUCACAAUGACCUGCAGGAUUCAGGAAUGAAGCUGCUCUGUGAUGGACUGAAGAGCCCAAACUGCCAGCUGGAGAAACUGAGAUUGGAAUACUGCAAUCUCACUGGUCAGUGUUAUGAAAUGGUAGCAUCAGUGCUACAGUCAUCAAACUCUCGUCUAAUUGAGCUGGAUCUGAGUUUCAAUGACUUGCAGGAUUCAGGAUUGAAGCUGCUCUCUGAUGGACUGAAGAGUCAACUUAAGAUACUGAAAUUGGCAGAUUGUACACUCACCGGUCAGUGUUGUGAAACAGUGGCAUCAGCUCUACAAUCAUCAAACUCUCGCCUGAUAGAGCUGGACAUGAGUCACAAUGGCCUGCAGGAUUCAGGAGUGAAGCUGCUCUGUGAUGGACUGAGGAGCCCAAACUGUCAGCUGAAGAAACUAAGGUUGGUGCACUGUAAUCUCACUGAUCGGUGCUGUGAGAGUUUGUCAUCAGCUCUAAACUCAUCAACCUCUCAUCUGAAGGAGCUAAACAUGAGUUACAAUGACCUGCAGGAUUCAGGAGCGAAGCUGAUCUCCGAUGGAUUGAAGAGCCCAAACUGUCAGCUGGAGAAACUGAGGCUGGAAUCCUGUAAUCUCACUGAUCAGUGUUGUGAGAGUUUGUCAUCAGUUCUACAAUCAUCUAAUCGUCUGAUAGAGCUAGACGUGAAUUUCAAUGAGCUGCAGGAUUCAGGAGUGAAGCUGCUCUGUGAGGGACUGAAGAGCCCAAACUGUCAGCUGGAGAAACUGGAGUUGUCUCACUGCAAUGUGACAGAUGAAGGCUGUUGUGUUUUGGCUUCAACUCUGUGUUCAAAUCCUUCACGUCUAAGAGAACUGGAUCUCGGCUUAAUUGUGGAUGGAAAAUCAGGAGUCAAGAAGUUGUCUGGUCUACUGAAAGACCAAAACAUUACACUGAACAAACUAACUUUAGUUCUGCUGUAGUACUAAUUACAUCAUCGUGUAAGUGUCUGUAUGUAUAUAUGUGUUUAUACUGUUUAUGUUAGGGCAAUAGAGUAUAUGCAAAGCUAGUGUUUAUUCCCAUACCGAUAUUCUUCUGGUUGACGGCUAAUGUGACUUUUUCAGUGUUAUAGCAUAGCAUCGAUAUGUAAUCAAAUAUAUAAUGUAAUCAAUAUAUAAUCAGAUAAAUAGACUUCAGCGUUCAUUUAGUUGUUGAAGCGUAAACCGCACCAUUUACACGCAAGCGCCCGUCAGGAUCAGCAGGCUAGCGCAGAAACUCCAUCGCAAAUACGGGUGUAAAUUAAAUUUAAAUGCUUUAAAGACAUGGUGGGGAAAAAUGUAAAUGAAUGCAGUGCUUCUUGUACAUUCUGAGACCCACUGUAUAGCGUAUAUAAAUUAAACAGUGAAGAUUGUUGAUUUUUAAAAGAAAACAGAGUUUAAAAGCACCGAUUUUGUAACGGCAUACAGUUCACCGGAAGCGUUUGACCCAGGUUGACCCAAGCAGCAACCUCCCGCUCUCCCUCGGGAAGCCAAUAUGGAAGUAGCUAAAACUGCAAUUCAUCGACUCGCCUUUGGGGGCUGGCUUCAGAAAGUAUUAAGCGUUCUACUAAAGAAAAGUGUGUCUAAACAAAAAUGUCUGUAGCUCCGCUCACGCUCUGCUUCUUUGCCCUCGUUUGGUAUCCCCCGGUCUCUGCUAUGACACGUGAACAAAAUGGUGAUGGUUGGCCACGCCUACUUGUAGCUUCUUUUGCUUUGUUCAGAAACCUAUGGGUGACAUCACGGAUACUACGCCCAUAUCUUUUACAGUCUAUGGUCAUUCUGCAUGCUUCUGCAUAUACCCUGUUCUUCAACUUUGGGCACUUAUAGCCUUGAGAAGUUGAGUAAAAAAACUUGUUUAAAAGUAACGUAACACACAAGUAAUGUAAACAGUUUGUCUAGUUUAAAAUCUGUAAGAGGACAAACGUAGAUAAGAGAAGUUGUUAAUAUUUAACAUUUUUUCCAUUGUAAAAUGAACAAAUGUCAUUCCCACCACAUCUCAAUAUACAGCUUUUAUUUCAAAAUGAAAUAAAUUAUGGCAGUCAAAAAUUGUCUAAGAUCACUUUUAAAUUUAGUUUAACCAAUCUUUCCGCAGUAUAUACAAUAAUUAAACAUUAGUCAAUGAAAUAAGUUAGUCACUUAGAACCAAAUGCUGAACCAACAUUUAAUUUUACUUUGGUUAAGAGCUUAUUAGAAAAUAAAUCAAUUGUAAUUGUAUAUUAAGAGCAUGAACUCAUAAAUUGUGAAUACAUUUUUAAUGUGUGAUACGAGCUUUUUAAAUAUAUUUUAAAAGUGUGUGUGGUGAUGGAGAUGACAAUGAAUCAGUGUUAAUGUAGAGAAACAGUGGAUAUUUAUUAGAAAAAUUAUUAAACUCUUUAACUCACACUUAAUAAACUCAAUUUUCAAAAUUACAAAACAUAACCACACAUUUUUUGCAUGUGUAAGGCUGAGCUUGAUCUAAAAAAAAUGAUUUGUCUAACAUAUGAACAGUGACAGUGCAUACUGUGAAUAUCUGAUUAUUAUUCAAAUAUUUAUUUCAUUCAUGCAUUCAUUUUCUUGUCGGCUUAGUCCCUUUGUUAAUCAGGGGUUUCUACAGAACAUGUAAACUCCACACAGAAAUGCCAACUGACCCAGCCGUGGAUCGAAACAACGACCUUCUUGCUGUGAGGCGAACGUGCUACCCACUGCGCCAUCGCACAUAUACACAUAUCCAGGGGUUGAACAAUGAAACUGAAAGACCUGGUUUUAGAGCACAAUAAUUAAUUAGUGGAGUGGCCUCACAGAAAGAAAGUUGCUGGUUCGAGUCCCGCUGAGUCAGUUGGCAUUUCUGUGUGGAGUUUGCAAGUUCUCCCCGUGUUGGCGUAGGUUUCCUCCUGGUGCUCCGGUUUCCCCCUUUGUCCAAGGACAUGGGCUGUAGGGGAAUUGAUUAACUAAAUUGGCUGUAGUGUAUGUGUGCGUAUGAGAGUGUAUGGGUGUUUCCCAAUGAUGGGUUGCAGCUGGAAGGACAUUCACUCUGUAAAAAUAAACUGGAUAAAUUAGUGGUUCAUUCCGCCGUGGCAACCCCAGAAUAAUAAAGGACUAAGCUGAAAAGAAAAUGAAUGACUGAAUGAAUUAAAAGCGUCAUCUGUUCAGCUCAAAUUGUUGUUGUGUAAACAGAAGUUUUGAUCUGUAAAUGCUAAAAUUGUUCAGAACCACAGGAUACAUCAAACAAGAUAACAAAAAAAGACUUUUAAAUCUAUUCAUAAGUACACGCACCGGCCACUUUAUUAGGUACACCUUUCUAGUACCAGGUUGGACCCCCUUUUGCCUUCAGAACUGCCUUAAUCCUUCAUGGCAUAGAUUCAACAAGCUACUGGAAAUAUUCCUCAGAUAUUUUGACAUAUUGAUAUGAUAGCAGAUUUGAUUUGGAGUUGCAGAUCUCCCGUUCCACCACAUCCCAAAGGUGCUCUAUUGGAUUGAGUUCUGAUGACUGUGGAGGCCAUUUGAGUACAGUGAACUCAUUGUCAUGUUCCAGAAACCAGUCUGAGAUGAUUCAGGCUUUAUGACAUGGAGCGUUAUCCUGCUGGAAGUAGCCAUCAGAAGAUGGAGACACUGUGCUCAUAAAGGGAUGGACAUGGUCAGCAACAAUACUCAGGUAGGCUGUGGCGUUGACACGAUGCUCAAUUGGUAAUAAUGAGCCAAAAGUGUGCCAAAAAAUCUCCCCCACACCAUUACACCACCACCACCAGCCUGAACCAUUGAUACAAGGUAGAAUGGAUCCAUGAUUUCAUGUUGUUGAUGCCAAAUUCUGAGCCGAGCAUCCGAAUGUGUCAGCAGAAAUGGAGACUCAUCAGACCAGGCAACGUUUCUCCAAUCUUCUAUUGUCCAGUUUUGGUGAGCCUGUGUGAAUUGUAGCCUCAGUUUCCUGUUCUUAGCUGACAGGAGUGGCACCCGGUGUGGUCUUCUGCUGCUGUAGCCCAUCCGCCUCAAGGAUGGACGUGUUGUGUGUUCAGAGAUGCUCUUCUGCAGACCUCAGAAGUUGUAACUAUCAGCUGUAACCAGCUUGGCCAUUCUCCUCUGGCAUCAACAAGGCAAUUGCGCACACAAUUUAGUAAUUAUCACUUACAAGCACCUUUUUUUGCAUUCUGGCAUAUUGUCACAUGCAUAUAAAAAUUACUUUAAAUAAUCAUUUGACUGUUGCUUUUAUUCAAAAUAUAAUGAAAAAUCUUAAAUCUGUGUAUUAUCAUAUGUACACCUUGUUUGACCGGCUGUAAUUUGAUCCACAUAGUUUUUGCUGUUUUGAUUUUCUUGUUCUGCUGACAGAUAUAAGGAAGUUCAGCAGAGACGUGUACACAGUUGCUCAAUCUAUGUAAACAUGAAAAGGAAAUGUAGUGCUUCUGUUUGACAAGCGGCCAUAAAUCCCCGAGGCACCAAAUAUUGACAUUCAUUGUUCAAGUUUAGGUGCCUGCAGAGUGACAGAUGAAGGCUAUUGUUAUCUGGCUUCGGCUCUUCAUUCAAACCCUUCCCACCUGAGAGAGCUGGAUGUGGGCAACAUUUUCAAAAAGGGACCAGGAGUAAAUAUGCUGUGUGACCUACUGAAUGAUCCAAACUACACAUUGAACAAACUCGAAUUUAUGUAUCCGUCUGCAUUGCUGUGAAUGUUUCUAUGUAUAGUUCAGUCUAACCCUCUACAUGUAUACCCUGAAAUGUCGUAAGAAAGAGACUGUAGACGGGCUGCUAGAUUUUAUGAGAAAUAUUACCUAUUCAUCUAGUUUUUGUACAUAUCAAUCUAACUAAGUAGACUUUUUUAAACGUUCACCUAAACAUUUGCUCACCCCUCAUUCAAAACCUAUAUGAUGUACUUUAGUGAAUGCAAAAGAGUGAUCAGGAGAGAAGGUCAAACUUUUUUCAUUGCUAUUUGCUAUUGUUUUAUACAGAAGGGCAUGUAAUUUGCUGAAAUGUUUCCGUAUUAUCUUCUCAUAUCUGUUAUAUGAAAGCGCUCUGUGUGUGUGUGUUUUACAUGUCUUGUAUUUAGAUGAGACUGGUGCACCUGUUUUCCAAUCUCAGAAAUGUGUAUAUUAUCAAAAGAGUGUGUAAUAUGUUGUACACCUCCAGGCAUCCAUUAUAAAUCAGAACCUGUUACUCUGAAGUUUAAAAAAAUCUAUAUUGCAAAUAGAAAAUGGACGGCUAACUAUUUCAGUCUAGAAUAUACGUUAAUCUGCUGAAUAAUUCAUGGCCAAACACACUUGUGUCUGUCGUGACUAAUUUAAAACAAAUCAGCAGCGACUUCAUCAGUGUGUGAGACAGAGCUGAAAUUACACUCACAUUAAUUUUUAUAAAUAAAGCUACUUAAUUAGCAAAGGCUAAUUUGUAAGAAAUAAUGUUCAGGCUGCCGUCAGUCCUCCCAUUAAUAUUUUAAUUGAUUAUUACUGCCUGAGGUGUUUCAGUAGUGUGUUUAUUCCUGCUCCAUCUAAAACUCCUGAUCAUUCUGCAAUUAUAUAUCGGUCACAUCAUUUAUAACACAACAUUUGAAUGUUAAAAUGUUUGUUAUCAUUACCUGAUCCUAGAUUUGACUUUCUGAAAGUUUGUG